GUGGAUGUGUGGCUGUCUCUUUAAAUAUCUGGACAAAGAUUGAGGGUCAAAGUGCACUUGUGUUUGUCAUUCUUUCUGAAUAUUGCAGCUUUUGGGAGAGUUAAUAUCACACACACACACACACACAUUUUAAUUAUUUAAUACUCUUUGUAUAUCAGCAAUACUUUUAUUAUAUUGUUUUAUUUAUUUAUUUUAUACUAAUUUUCUAAUAAAUUUUCUAAUAUUACGUUUCUAUAAAAAAUGAUAAAAUUGCUUAAUAAUUAUAAUAAAUAUUUAUUGAGCAUCAAAUCAGCAUAGGAUGAUUUUCUGAAGAUCAUGUGACACUGAAGACUGGAGUAAUGAUGAUGAAAAUACAGCUUUGAUCACAGGAACAAAUUACAUUUUACAAUAUACUAAAAUAUAAAAAAAGUGAUUUUACAAAUAUUUACAAUUGUAAGCAUUCACAAUAUUGCUUUAUAUCCUAUCAAAUAAAGCCGUGGUGAGAAGACCAAUAUUACCAACCUCCAAAACGUUUAGGACUUUAUAAAUAUAUUUCACUAGCAUUAAUAUUGACUGCAGAAAUGUUACUCUAACGGAAACCUCAGCAGAUAUGUCGCUCUGCGAGUAAUUUUGAAAGAUUUGUCAAAGCUGUCAAAUGAAUGAGUGAGUGUGCAACAGACUUCAAACUCAAACAUAACAAAUCAUAACUCAAAACAUUCUGGAAAACUCCAAGCGACAUCAAAGAUACUACGUCACUCAAAAUGCAAAACUUCCUUCCUGUUACACAUUCAAAUGGAGCGAUUCAUACCUGUGGGUGUGUUCUUUACAUUCACUGCAUUGCUAGGCAUUCCCAGAAUGCACUUAGAAGAGGUGAGUGGAUCAAGUUACGGCACAACAUUGGCAUAAUCACAAGAAAAAAAACACCUGACAAGUGCUCAAGCUCCUCAUUCAGUCCCGGGCUCCUCUUAUCUGACCUGACGCUGCUGAAGCCACGGCUCGGGACGAGUUAUGUGACCUCUUCCUGGUAAAGUCCACUGACACUGGAUCUAAACAGACAGCAGAUUGGGUUGGUUUGUUGAAAUGAAUGCUGGCCAGACAACUUCUGUUGUUCAGAUUGGUGCUGGAAGAUCUUGUUCCAGGGCUCAAUUUUUUUCUUUACUGAACACUUACAACUACUUCCUGAAAGACCAAGCCCACCUUCAGCUCGCUGUGCACGAGAAUGCAGGCAAAGUGACAUUUGAAGGCAUUCUUGUCAUUUCCUGGGGAGUCAAGAGACCCAUUCAGCUACAAAUACAAGAUGAGAAACCCAUUUUUACAAAUGAGUCUUCGGUCAAGUCACCAGACCCCAUCAGUCCACUUGGAACCAAAAGGGGUAUGACACGAUGGGGAGAGUUCGACGAUCUCCAUCAUAUUGAUGAACUAGAGGAGGCUGAAUCCACGGAGCCUGAAGAUCCUCCUACAGGCUACAUCGGAUACGAGAGCAAGACGUUGAGACCUUCCAGAUCUUUGCCGAUGGGUGAAGAAAGUUCGAAUCUGAUCCGCACCAUGAGUGACGCCUCGCUGGUGAAGAUGAGGGUGAAGAGUAAGAAGACGGGAGAAUGUCAGAGGAACAGAAACCAUCGCUUCUCCAUCAACGGACACUUCUACAACUACAAGACAUCUGUUUUCAUACCGUCAUUUGGCGCAACCACAAAUGUGCACAUUACCAGCGAGAUGACAACACAAGAGGUCAUGACCCAGCUGCUUCAGAAGUUUAAAAUAGAAAACAGUCCACAUGAAUUUGCACUUUACUGCAUUCAUCAGAUCGGAGAGAAGCGACGGUUGAGCAGCUCGGACCUGCCACUGUGGGAGCGUCUUCUACAGGGACCAUCAACCAGCAUCAUGAAGAUGUUCCUCAUGGACGCAGACGAACAGGAAAUCAGCCUCGAUGUAGCUCAGUACCUCAAUUUAGAGACGCCCAUUCUGAAGGUAAUUCUGCAGAAGCUGGAGGAGCAAGAGAACCAAGAAGUACAAAGAAUAAUCGCAAAGUAUCAAAAGGAACGGAGUGUCUUGUUGCAGUGCUUGAUAAAAAAGAUGCCGGUUAAAACUGAGACAACUGUAUAAAUGAAGACUUGGCAACGGGAAACUUUUGUGACAUCACACCACAGAGUAAACAGAGAACUGGAAACUGAGCCCUCGGGACGAGAAGCCAGAAUCAGGAUCGUGACAUCCACAUGUAGGACUUCUGUUUUUACAGUUAAGAUUGACUGUUAAGUUUGUGGUAAUGAUGACGAUGUAUAUAAUGUAAAAUAGUUUUCACAUGAAUGUAAUGACACUAUUUAUCAAGUGAGGAAACCAAAUAAACUACUGAUAUUUGA